AUGAAAAGGGAUAGAAACCAACAUAUAGGCGAAGGGAAAGGGAAGAGAAAAAAAAAUGAUCAUGGUAAUGACGUCGGCGUGGUAGGGCAACUUGGGACAGGAAAGGAAGGCGCCGGAGGAGGGGGAAAAGGUGGGACUGAAAAAAGUGGGAAGGACAUUGAAACGUUUAAUCCGCAACUCAGCGCAAGAGAGUUGAAAAAAAUUCAGUACUACGAAAAUAUGUUUAAGAAAAUGGAGCGUAAAAGGGAGGAGCGCCAGAACGAGGGGGACAGCAAGGGGGAUAACAAGGUGGAUAGCAAGGCCGACAACAAGGGGAAGAAGAAAGAUAACAACCAGAGGAGCAUGAAGAGGGAGACAGAGCCGAGCACUAAGGAGAAAGGGAAAGAGUCCAGUGGAGAAGCACUUGAAGAGUCAGGAAAGGUGGCAGGUGAGGCAGUGGUCACGAAGGAAAAAGAAGACCACGCUAAGCAAAGUUGUGUGACGGGAACUGCCCAGGGAAACAGCCAGAAAGGGGGAAAAAAUGCGGAAGACACAAAGGAAGCGAAGCACAAGCCGAAGAAAGCGAAUCCAAAGAUGGAGCCAAGAGAGACAUGUGCAAAUGCAGUCAGCUGGGAGAAACAAGAUGAACCCCAGUCGAUGGAUGAUAACGAACGCGGCAAGAAUAAUAAAUGGAGAAAUGUAGAAAAGUCUCAAAUCAGAAUUAAGAAAGAGGAGUUAAGCAUGGGCAAAGGUACUUGUUCCAAAGUUACGGAAGGAAGCAAUAAGGCUGUUACGUUGAAAGGAAAGAAGUGUUUAGAUAAUUCGAACCGCCUUGUGCGUGAUAUUGAGGGAGGAGGAGAUGAUGAUGAGUUGCACAGUACGGAGAGGAACUUUCCACGUGGUGAAAGCUACAACCGUCAGAGUAGUGCUUCCCCAAAGCAUUAUACAUAUAAGAAGAACGGAAUGGCAGAAGCAGGGAAAGGGGAUAAGGUAAAGGAAGAAAAUAGAAAAAGUAGUGUAAGCCGCCACAAAAUGGAUGGCGACAAGGAACACGAAUCAGAUCAUGAUGUAAAUUAUGAUAAUGCUCCGAAUGAGAUGAUAAACUUCAAGGGGAAGAGGAAAAUUUACUCAGAAAGGGAAAGGGGAAAAAGGGUUUUAAAGAUUAAGAGGAGCUUCUCAGUCAGCUCAAAUAUAAAUGAAUAUUUUUUCGACACAAGUUCUAUACAGUUGAUGAACUAUAAUGACCAUGACCCCAGUGCGUACGGAAAGGAAGAACAUAGUUCAGGGGAAGAUAAUGAUAAUGAGCCAACCUUUAAUUACAAAAAGAAAAAACUCCUACAAGUGUUAACACAUACAGAUGAUAAAGACAGUGACACUGUUAAUUCCUUGGUAGUAGGGAAUAAUGGCAGUAGUAGCAAUAACAGCGAGAGGGGCAAUUAUAAUUUGUCCGAUUCGGAAAAAUGGCUAAUAUGGAAAAAUAAAAAAAAUUACAAUAUUUUGUUCGCUUCGAAUAAUAACAGUAGGAAGAGAAACAAAUGGCACAUUGUACGCAGUUAUGAUGAGCUCCGCGUCGGAACAAAUAAACAUGUGGACUUGCAUCCACAUGGUAAAGAAAAUGUUGUUUAUGAACAAAUGAAUAUGAAUGGCAGAUCAAAUGGCACCGAAUAUUUUAUCAAUAGGGAUACUCUACCCUUGCAGAAGAAAUCAUUUUGUGAAAAAAAAAUUCACGCGAAAACUGUACAAGGUAGUAACACCACAAAUAUGAUAAUGCAUGCUAAUAAAAAUUUUGAUGUCACUUGUUGCAUCAGGAAAUAUCUUGAUAAUAUGCGGUACACAAAUUUAAAAAAAUUAAAAAACGUGAACAGAGGGAAUUUAAAAUUGUAUGUGAACGGGUGUACAAAUUUUUUAAACUUUGACAAGGUGGAUAGCGCUAUCCUGUCCAUGCGGAAAUUCCAGGAGGCGCUGCAGCGGAGAGGUGGCGUAGGUGGUCGUGGAGAGGGAGACGCAGCACCUUUGUAA